CCAGCCGCGCACAGCGAGCCCUCCCCGGCCCCAGCCCCGUCCCAGGCCUCGGCGGGACCCCGGCUCGCUGUGCAGCGCUCGUCGUGCGACCGUGGCCGCCGCUGGGACGGGAAGGCGGCCCCUGCCCGCUGCACCCUCGCGCCCCGCCGCCCGCAGGGCGGGCCCAGAGGCACCAUGAACUUGGGCCCCCCCAGGAGGGGCCUUCUGAUGCUGCUGAUUGCCUUAGGCCUGACCCAGGGCAACCCCUUCAAGCCCUCUCGGGGCCCGCUGGUAACCUGCACAUGUGAAAGCCCACAUUGCAGGGGGCCUACCUGCCAGGGGGCCUGGUGCACAGUAGUGCUAGUGCGGGAGGAGGGCAGCCACCCCCAGGAACAUCGGGGCUGUGGGAACAUGCACCAGGAACUCUGCAGGGGACGCCCCACUGAGUUUGUCAACCACUACUGCUGCUAUAGCCCGCUGUGCAACCACAACGUGUCCCUUGUCCUGGAGGCCACCCAAACUCCUUCGGAGCAGCCGCGAGUAGAUGGCCAGCUGCCUCUGAUCCUGGGCCCUGUGCUGGCCUUGCUGGCCCUGGUGGCUCUGGGUGCCCUGGGCCUGUGGCAUGUCCGGCGGAGGCAGGAGAAGCAGCGGGGCCUGCACAGCGAGCUGGGCGAGUCCAGCCUCAUCCUGAAGGCAUCCGAGCAAGGGGACAGCAUGCUGGGGGACCUCCUGGACAGUGACUGCACCACAGGCAGUGGCUCAGGGCUCCCCUUCCUGGUGCAGAGGACAGUGGCACGGCAGGUCACCCUGGUGGAGUGUGUGGGAAAAGGCCGCUAUGGUGAGGUGUGGCGGGGCUUGUGGCACGGUGAGAGUGUGGCCGUCAAGAUCUUCUCCUCGAGGGAUGAACAGUCCUGGUUCCGGGAGACCGAGAUCUACAACACAGUGUUGCUCAGACAUGACAACAUCCUAGGCUUCAUCGCCUCGGACAUGACCUCCCGCAACUCGAGCACGCAGUUGUGGCUCAUCACGCACUACCAUGAGCACGGCUCGCUCUAUGACUUUCUGCAGAGGCAGACGCUGGAGCCCCAGCUGGCCCUGAGGCUAGCUGUGUCCGCGGCCUGCGGCCUGGCGCACCUGCACGUGGAGAUCUUCGGCACGCAGGGCAAACCGGCCAUCGCCCACCGCGACCUCAAGAGCCGCAACGUGCUGGUCAAGAGCAACCUACAGUGCUGCAUCGCCGACCUGGGCCUGGCUGUGAUGCACUCCCAGGGUAGUGAUUACCUGGACAUCGGCAACAACCCGAGAGUGGGUACCAAGCGGUACAUGGCGCCAGAGGUGUUGGAUGAGCAGAUCCGCACAGACUGCUUUGAGUCCUACAAGUGGACCGACAUCUGGGCUUUUGGCCUGGUGCUGUGGGAGAUUGCUCGCAGGACCAUUGUCAAUGGCAUUGUGGAGGACUACAGGCCACCCUUCUAUGAUGUGGUGCCCAAUGACCCCAGCUUUGAGGACAUGAAGAAGGUGGUGUGUGUUGACCAGCAGACACCUACCAUCCCCAACCGGCUGGCUGCAGACCCGCUCCUCUCAGGCCUGGCUCAGAUGAUGCGGGAGUGCUGGUACCCCAACCCCUCAGCCCGCCUCACUGCGCUGCGGAUCAAGAAGACACUACAGAAACUCAGCAACUGUCCAGAGAAGCCCAAAGUGAUCCACUAACCAAGGGGCGCCUGACUCCCCUCUGCCUGUGGAGCGGGGUGGUGGUGGAUGGUGGCCUAUCUGGGUAGAGGUCAUGUGAGUGUGCGUGCUUGGGAGGGGGUGCCCCUCUAUGGGGCAGCUGCGCCUGCCCAGCUCGGCCCCCAGCCCAUCCAGCCAAAAAUACAGCUGGGCUGAAAUCCGAUCCCCCGCCGUCUGGCCUGCUCAAAGCGACAGGCUCCCUGACGCCUGGCUCUCACCCCACCCCCAUGCCAGCAGGGUGCACCCCCUACCACCCCCAGGACAGGAAGCAAAAGAGGCUCCAGAGCCAGGGUGGCCAAGCCAGGGAAUCCCAGUCCCAACCCCAGAGCCUGGGCCUGCUCUUUACCCCCUGCCCUUGGUCAACCCCACUGCCCCACCAGAGCUGCCAGGGUGGCAUGGGGCCCUGUCCAGCCUUCAGCAGACACACUGCCCUGCCAGGUCUCAGCCUCUGGCACAAAUCCCAGAUACCCAGGGCCCAUCAAUUUCUCUCUGUGGGUUUGUAUCUCAACUCCACGACACCUUGGGCUUUCUGUCUCCCUGACAAAACACUGGCUAUUGAAUGCCAGCUGCCUGGGAGAGCUGGAGUCUGACCCUGCCCCCUGACCCCCAUUAUCCCAGCUGACUUAUUAGGACUUAAAAACCGAAGGGGUCCUGUUGAGGGUGUGGUAGGAUUAUAGGCCAGUGGAGAGGUGGCAGGUGGGAUGCGUAAGGCCCAGGGCUUUCAGAAUAAUUGAGAGAAUGUCAAGGCCAAGCACAACAGGGGGAAGGCUUUGGUGGGAGUCAGAGACCCAGGUAUGAUCCUGGGUGCUUGCUCUACCUGACAAAAGCAGGGCCUUCAGUAUCUCAGCACUUUGUUUCUUCAUCUACAUAUUGAAAGAUUUGGGCCUUAUGUCCUUUGAGGCUUUUUCCCCUCUAAUUUUCUUUGAAAUUUCAGCCUACAUCAGAGCUAAGUGCAUCAGUCUCAUGUACUCCUUAUGCCCCAGCCCCUGGCAAUUUGCCUUGAGAUGGGGGUUGAAAAUAACUUUUGAGUCCAGGAGUUUCUGGAGCACCUUCUAGUCUAAUUCUGCAAGCUCCAGUUCUUGCCUUAAACCAUACCAGAGGCCAACAUUGGGCUCAGAUAGCGCUGGGCCUUGUGGCCAACAAACCGCCCCUCCCUCCUCUGUGGCUUAGUCUUCUCUGUCCUGGGGUUGAGGGGCAGCUUCCUUUCGGGCCUCCAAGCCUCAAAAGAAGUUUAGUUCCAUACAAGAAGUCUUCAGCACCCAGGUUCCUGCUCCCCACUGACCCCGGCCCAGGCCCACACCCUUGGUGAAGCCUCAGAGUACAUCUCAGGAGAACUCAGUGGCUGAGAAGCACAUCGAAGGCUUGGCAUUUGGAAAUGUCAAGGGUGUAUAUCCAUGUACUGAGCAGGUUACCCUGGACCCUGGAUGGGCAGAUGGGCUGGAAGGAGGUGGGCUAGAGGCAGAGUUUGAGGGGGUGUAAAGAAGCGAGUGGGGGUGGGUAAGGAUGGGUGUGGCUCAGGCCAGGGACAAGAACAGCCCCAAGCUUGGGAAAGUCUAUCCUAGCAGUGCUCAGGCCUUGGGGCAGGGCAGUAAAGAAGUUCCCAUCUCCCCCUCCUGCUGUAAAUGACACAGCACAAUCUCCCCAGGCAGGCUCUUUGUAUGUGUCUUCCACCGUCCUCACUGUGGCACUUUCCCAGGCCUGUCUCCCAGGAUUGUGCAAGGCCCAGAGGAGAACCAGGAAGUGAAACUGGGUAAAAACAGAAAGCUAAAUGGACCAGCUGAGUUCCCAGAUCUUUGGGGCAGAAUUUGUACGUCCUCUGGUCACUGGAACUCACCCGGCCUGGGAAUCAGUCUCCCUCCUGAAGGAUUUUUUUCUCUACUGGAUUUGAGGGCAAACUGCUCCUGAGGCUCCACAGCCAGAAACCAAAGGCAGCAGCUCCCCAAAGGGUGGGAAGUCCCUAAGAGAAGGUCUGAGGCAGGAGGUGGAGUGAUAGGGAGAGGAUUGAAAGAAGGGGGCCCAGCGGCCAGAGAGGGAAGGAGGUGGCACUGGUGUGAGCAAUCUGCAAAUGCUUCUGUCUCAGUGCAGGAAAGUGUUCCAGGGUGGAAAUGACCCUUCUCUUACCUGGAGAUACCGUCUGUGGGAGCACUUAGAACGUGCCUAGCACAUAGUAGUCCUCAAUAAACACUGGUUUAAUCCCGA